UGGCUGCUCAUGCUAAAACCUUCCAGUGCUUGGAUAUGCCUGAUCUGUCUGAAAAGAUCACAUCAAAACCUUUUCCGGGAAUUCCACCGCAGAGGUGUUGAGGGACAGAAGCUCAGAAACUCCAUCCACGUGGCUUUGCCCUGACAGCACAGCCAAGCGGAGAUCUCACGCACGGAUUUCCCCCCCUCGCCUGAGAGCCACACGGCGUGACUUUAUUCUGAAAAGAAAGGGCUUGAGUGGAAAGCAGUGUGGGAGUUAUGGAAUGUGGACACCCCUUUUUUGUCUGUCCUUCUUGUAAAUAGGUUGAUUCUCUUUGUGGUCAAGAAUCCACCGCACAAACAGGCCUGAGAAAAGAGGAUUUUCAAAACAUCUACAAAACACAUUAAGGCAUCUGUCACUCAGCAGGCAACUCUUCCUGACUGGAAAAGAAAAAAAAAAGGCAAAAUAUAUAGUAACGCCUCCAGGCAUCUGCCAUUGAAAGUGGGAUGUUCUUGGGAGCUACAGACAGGCCUAUCAUUAGGCCACUGAUCGCACUGUUAAGAAAUGGAUAGCAGUGCCACAAUGGUGAACAGAGCUAUUAUUCACUGAGUAUGGAGUAUGUCCUAAUGAAUGGUAUGUGAACUAUACAAGCAGAAUUCUCUGUAACCAAGUGGAUUCAGCUGUAGUCUGAAUACCCCCGACUGCUGUGGGGCCCAAAAGGUUUUUUAACUUUUCUUUUUAAUAAGUGUUUACUUAAACUUUGACACCUGACUAUGUAAAGAUAAUUAUAUACAGAAAACGGAGCUCUCAGCCUUUUUUAAGCGCAAUGACUUUUUAAAAUAUAUCUACACCUGGAGUAGCCUUUUGUUGUGCCAAGUUAAGAGGCUGUUAUUUGAAGACACGUGGCUUGCAAGUCAACAGAAACGAUGGCAGCAACAUAUCGCAUUGUAGUAAGCACUGUUAAUUGUUACAACAGUGUUGUCAUAGACCGACGUUUUCAGCACACUGUGCACUACUGUAGCGGGCCUUGUCAGGUUCUUAAACACGGUAUUGAGUGUACUGUAGCUCACCAUAGCACCUGCUCAGAGCUGGUGGAAGCUCCUGUUGCUCCGGCUUCCAAUGCCCGACCUUCAGGUGCCCAGGAACUUGGCAAUAAAUUUUCAGCUGUUGAAAAUGGCAAUGCCGCCCCUGAAGCCAUGAGUGAGGAUUAUCACCAAGUCCUUCCAGGUGCUCCUAGAAUCAAAAAGGGAUUGGCCAUUCAGGGCUCCACCAGCCUAAAAGACAUCACAGGAGAGGCUAUAAAUUUAGCCAGCGGAAAGAUCAAGGAGUUCUCUUUUGAAAAAAUUAAGUAUUCUUCCAGUCAUGUCACUUUCAGGAAAGGGAGGAAAGUAAGGCCAGAUUCCUUCAGCAGAAGGUCCACAGAUCUGGAUAUCAUAUAUGGGCACUUUGGCAACGAUGAGAAUUGCCCUCCUUUUGGCAUGCUGCAGAAAUCAGUCAUGGAAGAGCACAAGCUGAGCCGCAGCAGUUCACUGGAACAAAAUGUCAACAAUGUUGCGACACUGUACCUGAACAGCUUGACAGAGGAAAACCUGAUCAACAAGAUCUUAGAAAAGACCAAGAUGGACAGUAAUGCCUCAGGUGAAGACAUUAAAGCCUGUUUGGAUAUCCUCCUCAAGUGCUCAGAAGACCUCAAAAAGUGCACCGACAUCAUUAAGCAGUGCAUCAAGCGAAAAUCCAUGGGUGGCGAGAGCGACGAUUCCAGCACUAAUCCCGAACUCAUAUACAGGAAUGUCAUGGCCAGACUUUCCAGCUAUCUUAAGAAGCUGCCUUUUGAGUUUGAACACGGGCUGCCUGGACGUUCAGAACAUAACGACUUGGCCGAACUGGUAAACAGCUUACAUGGACUGCAGCAAAGUCCCUUUUCCCCUAUCUUUGGGAACGAACAGCCUCCCAGGUACGAGGAUGUAGUCCAUUCCCCUCCUCUAACCAAAACUCUACCUCCUUCCUCUCUGUUAGAAUCCCAGGAAGCCUCUCGGGAACCAGUUAACAAUGUGAAAUCAGUCCAAAGCCCUUCCAGCCUGCCAUCUCAUCCAUCAUCUCUUGCUAACAAUGUGCAGCAGAAUACCAUGACUGCUGCUAACAGUUCCACUUCCCUACCUCAAGUCACUGCGAUCAACCACUCUGACAGCUAUUCCUCUACAAACUCAUUACUGUCUAGUAGCAAUGAUAGUAUAUGUAAAGAAUCCAUGGAAGCACUGUACAUAGAGGAGGAUCCUGAUCUUGGAAAAGUGCUGGACAAGGAACUCAGAGGGGAAGGGAAAUUCAGCCUGGGGUUUACAGAAGUCAAGCAGUUCUCUAAAAAGCCAAGCACCUUUGCAGAAACCAGUGAUGGUGCAGAUAAACUGUCUGAAAGCAUAAGUAACGGGACUACAUGUAAGCCAAAGAUAGAUCCCCAUGCAUUGCAAGGAGCCAGCAAAGCAUUUGUCUCCCCUACAAAUUUAAGUGCAGAGUCAAGGGCUUUCCAGACGUUGGGGCACAGCAACCAGGAGGAUGACAUCGAUAAAUUGCUAAUGGAUUUGGAGUGCCUUUCCCAAAAUAUGGAGCAAGAGCCAUCCAUGAAAGGCAACAGCCAACAAGUCGUGAACUGUAGCCAACAGCCAGGAUCAGUUCAGCACUUGAUCUUUAGCUCAGGAAGCAAAAGCCAUCCUCCUCCAGCCAUGACCUCCCCACUCCCAGGCAAGAAGGACACCAGCAGGCACGGCGGCGAUGUGAACGAUGAGGAGGAUGGGGCUCUCCUGCUGCGGAUCCUGGAGAGCAUCGAAAGCUUCGCCCAGGAGCUUGUGGAAAGUGGGACAGGAAAGGGAACUUUAUCUAGAGAACGUGAAGUCAUGCGACUUCUUCAGGACACUUUGGUGACCACGGCCAAGUCCGAGCAGAAAUCACAGCCUGGCCCAGUUCCUGCUGUUGUGAGAGACACUGGUCCAUCUCUGUUAAUUCAGCAGACUCCGGAGGUCAUCAGGGUCCAAAACAAGCAAGAAAAGAAACCCGGAACCCCGCCCCCAGCCCCAACAAGCUCCACCCCCAGCCCACGACCUCCGACCCCUCCUCCUGCCCACAAAGUGGUGGUUGCCACCUCCCUGUCUGUAAACAUUCCACGCUUCUAUUUCCCCAAGGGACUUCCAAACUGCAGUGCCAACCUCGAUGAGACCAUUGCCAAAAUUGAAGCAGCAUUCACAGAGUUUGAGGAAGAAAAGGCUGAUAUUUACGAAAUGGGAAAGAUUGCUAAGGCAUGCAACUGUCCACUGUACUGGAAGGCCCCCAUGUUCAAUGGCACUGGAGGUGAAAGAACAGGAUUUGUGUCCGUCCACGGAUUUAUUGCAACAUGGAGAAAGUUGUUACUCAGCUGCUAUGAUGAUGCAUCAAAGUUUGUUUACCUGUUGGCCAAACCAGGCUACAACUACCUUGAGCAGGAAGACUUCAUCCCACUGUUACAGGAUGUGGUUGACACUCACCCAGGUCUGACAUUUUUGAAGGAUGCUCCUGAGUUCCAUUCCCGCUACAUUACCACGGUGAUUCAGAGGAUAUUCUACACAGUCAACCGAUCCUGGUCAGGAAGAAUCACCAUGACAGAGCUACGAAAAAGCAACUUCCUGCAAACUCUAGCGCUGUUGGAGGAAGAAGAUGAUAUCAACCAGAUCACAGAUUAUUUUUCGUACGAGCACUUUUAUGUGAUUUACUGUAAAUUCUGGGAACUGGACACUGACCAUGACCUGUUCAUUGACCAGAAGGACCUGGCCCGAUAUAAUGACCAUGCUUCUUCAAAUAGAAUAAUAGAACGAAUAUUCUCUGGAGCAGUCACAAGGGGAAACUCAGUGCAGAAGGAAGGCAGAAUGAGUUACGCAGACUUUGUGUGGUUCCUCAUCUCUGAAGAGGAUAAGAAAAAUCCCACAAGUGUGGAGUACUGGUUCCGGUGCAUGGACCUGGAUGGAGACGGAGUGCUGUCCAUGUAUGAACUGGAGCACUUCUACGAGGAGCAGUGCGAGAGAAUGGAGGGCAUGGGCAUCGAGCCGCUGCCCUUCCACGACCUGCUCUGUCAGAUGCUCGACUUAGUCAAGCCGGAGCAACAAGGUAGGAUAACCCUUCAUGACCUGAAGCGUUGCAGAAUGGCACAUAUAUUCUAUGACACCUUCUUUAACCUGGAGAAGUACCUGGACCACGAGCAGAGAGAUCCCUUUGCAGUGCAAAAGGAUGCUGACAGUGAAGGAGGUCCAGAGCCCUCAGACUGGGAUAAGUAUGCAGCUGAAGAAUAUGAGAUCCUGGUAGCAGAAGAGUCAGCAAACGAGCAGCUGCAGGAAGGCUCUUUUGAGGAUGAUUAUGAAUCUGAUGAGCUUACCGUCCCACCAGAAAUUGGAAACAAGAUGGACAAACUUGUCAUUUCUGACCUAUCGGCCUGAACAGUAAGAGUAGCACUGAAGCCAAUUAGAAACGCCCACUGAAACUGACCGUUGUCCAGCCAGCCUCAAGAAGGGAAAACAUCCUGUUUUAGUAUUUUCAAGCAGUUUUCUUUGUUCCUUUGGAAGGGAAUUAUGUCAAAAAGUCUUUGUGUGUAUGCAAUAGAGCUGUGUCUAAACCAAAUGGCUUUUUGUUUUGUGCAAUUAUGUCUUAAUUUGUAGAUCUAGUCAGUUUCUAUUCUUUGUUAGACAAUAAGUGUGUCAUUCACCAUGAACUCCUUUAAUGGUUUCUACAGCUAAUCUUCUGUCAUGACUUCAGACAUGACCACACAAUAAAAGGCUUUAGACUGUAGUUUACAACAGAGGUUUUAUCAAUUAAGGCAGAUGGCAGACAGGUCUACACCUUGAGGUCUAAAAGGGCACAAGGGUUGCUGCAGUUUAGUGCAGGAGACUUGGAGAUUUUCACAUGCAGAACAUAUAAGAUGUGAAAUACACAAGGAAUUACAUCAUAGCUUAGGAGGUUGUCUCAAUUUUGUACAUGAACAACUGGUUUCUUCUUUGACGUUUAACACCACCUUGUGGUCAAAAGUGAUAGUAAAUUGGAUAUUGCCAUGGGAAAUUUGUAGACAGGUCUGGUGCUAAAAAUGUCCAGUGUGUAGUCAAUAUGCACUACCCAGUCAGUUCUUUUGUGUUUGAAUUGUCUUCACAUAGGGCUUGGAUGUCUGUAAGUGAUAUGUGUCUUUGCUCAUCUUUAUUUUUUUAAACCAGGAUAUAUUCCUUACAAAAAAGCUUAUUCCCACACUGCCAGCUUUUCUUACUGUGUAGUCACAGAGUUUACGUUUCUGUCACUAUUUUCACAAAUUCAUGUGUUGAAUAUGUUCAUAUUGCAUACUUGUUCAUAAUUUAAAUACAAAUCUUAUAUUGGAAGCGGAAAGAUAAGCUAAAUCAUGUUUUCAGUAAACCUAGAAAAAUAAUUUCCACUUUAAAAGCUUUGGAUUAUAUAUUUUACUGCUGUUUUCUUUUAAGCCUCAAGACAGGGAUUGAGAGAUCUUUUUCCAAGACCAUGAUACACUUUUUGUUUAAUAAAAAAUUGUGGCUGAAAAAUUGAACAAGAAACGUGGAACGAGAUAUAUUGCUGUGUUUAUGACAUCAGGGCAAAGUAAAUUGCUAGCAUCAGUCUUCUGCUGGAGAACAGUGCAGUUCAAACUGUACUUAAUCAUUCUGACUGUGAAUAUUAUAUAUAUUGAUAUAUCCUGGGGAUGUGUUAUACUUGCGGAUAGCAAAUGGUACUGAUCUAAAAUCAACAUUAGGCAUUGGAUGUGUUUUUAUGAAGAAGGCUUUGCUACCAGUUCAGAAAAACAAGAAAUGUUGCCUCCAAACAUUUAAAAAUGCCUGUUGGUAGUGUAUUUAAGGCAUCAUCAUUGAGCAACAUAAUCAAGAUUGUCAGUAAGAGAUAGGGGGUCCCCAGUCCUGGUCCCUGAGGGACACAACCCAGCAAUUUUAUAGGUCUCUUUAAAUCAUCAACAGACCUUUGAAGAAGGGUUCAAUUGGUCCCAUUACAGUAAAUCUUAAUGAGCCAAUUAACCAUUUCCCCAGUUCUUGAGAAGUUCACGUUUUAAAGAGACCUAGAAAAACUUCAGGAUUGUGGCCUUAAGAAUGGAGUUAGAGACUCCAGGUAUAGUCAAAUAAAGUAAAAUAUAGAAAUUAUAAUAUUUAUUAAACCUUGAAAAAAUUGUAAAUAAAAAUGUUAUAUUUAAAGGUACUCUUGUAUGUAUUGUGGCUAACUUUUAUUUUUUUGCAUUAAUGGUGCUCUCUUCAAUUGUCAUCAUGCUAUGCAUCAUUAAGGCCACAUCUGUGUUGUGUAAAUGUUACUGAAGUGUAGGAGUUUUUUUAAUUUUAUAACUGUACCUUGAUACAAUUUCAUCAAGCAGUUUGACACCUUAUUCUUAUUUUACCUGCAAAUUCUAGUUUUAGAAUUUACCUGCAUAAUUAAGUCAACAAUGUGCAAAUCAAGUUUAUAGCAAGUUACAGAGACUUGGCAGUUAUUGUACCAUACUUUGUCAUUGCCUUAAUUUAGGGAUGAAUGCUUAUAAUCUUUUCUGCCUUUAUCACUGGUUAUCAGCAUCAUAAUAUAUUAACAUUCACUAAAAUCACAAAUUUACACUUCACAGGUUUACCAGAACCAAAUUAUUCAACUGUCUUUGUGGUAUUUGAUUCUAUGGUAUCAAACUACAGAUCUGUGAAGCUGUUUUGCUUAUAACUAUAACUCUUGUACAUUACAUUUUUAAAAAUUAAUAACAUAUGUUCUAGUUCCCCUUUGUCAAGUAUCAUGUUACUGAGCAAGCUAGUCUCCGUGUGUUCCAUUGUAAACUUUUUUAUGAGUAAAACGUAUUGCAAAAAGUGUGGAGUUGCUGCUUAUGUUGUAAUAUGUGCCACGUGUUGCUGUAUCUAUACUACAACUUUACUCUUGCAAUAGGACAAUUUUCUAUAGUCAGUGCAGAUCAUAUUUCUGUGCAAUUGGUUACGCCACUGAGUGGCAGUUUUUAAAAAUAUUUCUCUUUUACUGCCAGUGAUAAAAUGUGCAUCAAGCUUCAGAGAUGAAAUUUAAAUGAAAAUGUCUGAAUUCACAUUUUGAGGACAAUCAACUAGAUUUUUUUAAAUGGAUUUUGAUGUAUAAAAUAGCACUUUUUUUAGUACUUUGGCUUUCUAAGCAAUAAAACUGCUGUACUGGUUAACUUAUUAGGACGAUUUGAACAAACAUGAACCAAAUGACUUAAUCAAAACAUGAGAUGAACAUUGACAAUAUGCUGCUUGUACAAUUAUUUUUUAGCUCUAUGCAAAUCAGAACAUUUAUAAAGAGGCAGCUGCUUCAGCUUUAACACAACUGCAUAAGCAACAAACCUGUGUCACUUUUAUUAUUGAGUUUGAAAAUGUUUUUUCCACGUUUUCUAGCAUAUGUAUUUUGCUGGAGAUAAAUCAAGCAGUAUCCCACCUUGAAGUGUUAUUGUGAGACAGUGUUUGUGUUAGCAUGGCUUUUUUUUUCUUUUCUGUAAUUCUGGAAUUAAAUAAAGCAGUUUUUAAAGUUGUAAA